UCACAAAUAUACCCACCAAACCAAUCCUUGAAAAUAUAGCAUUAUUGCACAGUUAACAUGAGUGAGACACCAUACCUCAACCAGAACUUUCAUGAACUAAAAAAGGCAAAGGAGACACCACAAAAUACAGUUCCAAAGAUACAAAAGGUAGCACAUUAUCUCCGAGAUCGAAAGCAUUCGAAGAAGCAUUACUCCCCCAGGUUGAUUUCUAUUGGUCCAAUCCAUCAUGGAGAACCGAAUCUGAAACUGGGGGAAAAAUACAAGCUUAUGUGGGCAGCAAAGUACCUUGAAAGCACCCAGCAAGAUGCUGAAACUCUGUAUGAAAAGUUUGCAAUACACGUCAACCAAUUGAAAGAACGGUAUGCUGAGGAUGUUAUCAGAGACUUCGGUGGUGAUGAUGAAAAGCUCUCGCGGAUGCUAUUUGUGGACGGAUGUUCUCUGCUUCAAAUCCUGGACAAGGGAAACCUCAGUCGUCCCGAAGACUUGAAUGUUAAGGUUGACCAACUGGUUCUUGUGUGGCAGGAUGUGCUUUUGCUAGAGAAUCAGCUUCCCUAUGAAGUGCUUAAACUCUUGUCAGGCCACCAGAAUGAUGACACACUGAUAAACAGCAUGAACAAGUUUCUUAAGUGCCAUCAUUUGUCACCAAAGCAAAGAGAAAAAAUUCAUGGCACGACCAAGUUUAAGAAAAACGAAGACAGAGUAUCGGAUGAAGAUGGGGACCCAAGUGUUUAUGUUAGGAAUGAAGACUCCCUUUGUCAAGAACACAGAAUAGACAUAAGAAAGGAGUCACCUUUUCAUCUUCUCGAUCAGCUUCGCAGGUACAUCGUCGGUGACGCUAAAAAGGAAGCCCAACAUAAGAAAGGUGACGCAGAAAACGGGGAAAGGGACAAGAAAAAAGAUGAUGAUUUGGACAUGAUGACAUACAGGAACAUAGAGGAGCUGAGAGCUGCAGGGAUUAAACUGAAGGUGAAAAAGUCACGGAAGCUGAGUGACAUCUCCUUCUNUUAUCGCUGGAUGUGGUUGCGUGCUGAACUGACACUGCCAGAGAUCACAGUUGAUGACACAACAGCUCCUACUUUUCACAACCUGAUAGCGUAUGAGAUGUGUCCAGAUUUUCAGAACAACUUCGAGAUUAGUUCCUUUGUGGCUUUCAUGGACUCGCUGAUCGACCACCCUGAGGAUGUGAAGGAGCUGAGAUCAGCGAAGGUUCUGCGCAAUGAACUUGGGAGUGAUGAGGAAGUGGCGAAGCUCUUCAACACCAUAAGCGCUGACUUGGUGCCUAACAGUGAGAGCUAUUUAGGUGUUAGACGGAAAAUUGAAAAGCAUUACAGGAAGAGAUACAGGGCAUGGCUUGCUCUUGGUUAUCAUACAUAUUUCAGCAACCCUUGGUCAAUCAUUGCUUUCUUUGCUGCACUUCUUGCUCUAGUUCUCACUUUCAUCCAAGCUUGGUUUGCCAUUCACCCUGUUUGUUGAAAUUUCUUUCUUACUUUUCAAUUUCUUUCACAAUUAAGAGUUUCACUUUCUAAGAGGCUCAUUCACAUUGAAGUUCUGUUUCUCAUUACUGUAUU